GCGGGCGGGGCGGCUAGAGUCCAGGGCGCCAGGGCAGCGGCCAGAGUCCGAUGGCGGCGGAGCAGGACCCCGAGGGGCGCGCGGCGGCGCGGCCGCUGCUCACCGACCUGUACCAGGCCACCAUGGCGCUGGGCUACUGGCGCGCCGGCCGGGCGCAGGAGGUGGCCGAGUUCGAGCUCUUCUUCCGCCGCUGCCCGUUCGGCGGAGCCUUCGCCUUGGCCGCGGGGCUGCGCGACUGCGUGCGUUUCGUGCGCGCCUUCCGCCUGAGGGACGCAGACGUGCAGUUCCUGGCCUCGGUGCUGCCCCCAGACACAGACCCCGCGUUCUUCCAGCAUCUUCGUGCCCUCGACUGCUCCGGGGUGACGGUGCGGGCCCUGCCCGAGGGCUCCCUCGCCUUCCCCGGCGUGCCGCUGCUGCAGGUGUCCGGGCCGCUCCUGGUGGUGCAGCUGCUGGAGACGCCGCUCCUCUGCCUGGUCAGCUACGCCAGCCUCAUCGCCACGAACGCCGCGCGGCUUCGCCUGAUCGCAGGGCCGGAGAAGCGGCUGCUGGAGCUGGGGCUUCGGCGGGCUCAGGGCCCCGACGGGGGUCUUACCGCCUCUACCUACAGCUACCUGGGCGGCUUCGAUGGCAGCAGCAACAUGCUCGCAGGACAGCUGCGGGGCGUGCCGGUGGCUGGGACCCUGGCGCACUCCUUCAUCACUUCCUUUUCAGGCACCGAGGUGCCCCCUGACCCGAUGUUGGCUCCAGCGGCUGGUCAGGGCCCCAGGGUGGACCUGGCUGCCCGCGUGGAGACGUGGCUGGAGCGUGUCUGUGGCCACCUGGGGCUGGGGGUGCAGGAGCCACACCGGGGUGAGCGGGCAGCCUUUGUGGCCUAUGCCCUGGCCUUUCCCCGGGACUUCCAGGGCCUGCUGGACACCUACAGUGUGCAGAGGAGUGGUCUCCCCAACUUCCUGGCUGUAGCCCUGGCACUGGAGGAGCUGGGCUACCAGGCAGUGGGAGUGAGGCUGGACAGCGGCGACCUGCUUCAGCAGGCUCAGGAGACCCGCGGCGUCUUCCGAACCGUGGCGGCCCAGUUCCGGGUGCCCUGGCUGGAGUCCAUCCCCAUUGCUGUCAGCAACAACAUUGAUGAGGAGGAGCUGGCCAGGCUGGCCCAGAAGGGCAGUGAGGUGAACGUCAUCGGCAUCGGUACUAGCGUGGUCACCUGCCCUCGCCAGCCUUCCCUGGGCUGUGUCUACAAGCUGGUGUCCGUGGGUGGCCAGCCGCGGAUGAAGCUGACUGAGGACCCCGAGAAGCAGACAUUGCCUGGGAGCAAGGCUGCCUUCCGGCUCCUGGGCUCCGAUGGGGCUCUGCUGUUAGACGUGCUGCAGUUAGCAGAGGAGCCACCUCCCCAGGCUGGCCAGGAGCUCAGAGUCUGGCCUCGAGGGACCCAGGAGUCCUGUACCGUGAGGCCGGCGCACGUGGAGCCGCUGCUGCGACUCUGGGUCCAGCAGGGACAGCCCCUUCCUCCCUCUUCCCCCCAGCUAUGUGAGCCCCUCCCAUCUCUGGCCGAAUCUAGGGCCUUCGCCCAGCAGUCCCUGAGCCGUCUGAGUCCUGCCCACAGGCGGCUUGAGCAGCCUGCACUGUACCAGGUGGCGCUGUCUGAGAAGCUCCGGGCCCUGGUGGACAGACUGAGUGCCAGAGGUGCCCUCUGAGAAUCCCCUGCUGGGAGCUGUCUGAAAUUAACAUGAGUCACUCACUAUCCUCA